GGUGGAUAUUAAAAGACAACCAAAAAUUAGGCAUCAAAGGAAGUGGUAUUAGGAUUAAAAAAAAUGUCAAAGCUAUGUUAGAACAAUUUUUUUUAUUAGAAAAUCAGCGACGUCAGGAUAGAAUGAACGCACAAACCAUGCAUGAUGAACUUUUGAAAUAUGUUGAAGCUGAAGAGUUAGAGGAGAAGGAUAUUCUAAAAGUUAAUACUAUACAAAAUUGGAUAGGUUUAUAUACUUGUGUUUUUAAACAAAAGUAA